AGGUGCUGCCCACGCCAAGGGAGUAAAGCAAGCAGCUAGAUGAGCCGGCUGAGACUUCCGGAGUUUCCAGACUGAGCCCCACCCCCCGCCUCCCCCCGCAGGUUGCAAUGGCCCUGGAGCCUCCCAUGAACGCAGGGUGUCCCCCGAUGAGUAAACGGCCAUGUCAGCUCAGUUCAUCCUUGCAGAGCCUGGUGAUGUUUGAAGAUGUGGCCAUCUAUUUCUCCUGGGAGGAGUGGGAGCUCCUUGAUGUGGCCCAGAGGCGCCUCUAUCAUGAGGUGAUGCUGGAGAACUUUGCACUCGUUAGCUCUCUGGGUUGUCAGUGUAGAGUGAAAGGUGAGGAAUCGCCUCACAAGCAAGUGUCAGAGUCCUGUUUGUGUGGAGAGCCUGGGGAGGAUAACACAGACACCACAGACACCACAGACCUCCAGCACCGAGGUGCCCCCAGCAAGGAGAAGCUGUGCAGGAGCAGUGAGCACAGGGCAGCCUUUCCACCCCAGCCCAGUCACAGGCAGCAGCAAGGAGCCCACAGUACACAGAAGCCCUUCAAAUGCACCGUCUGUGGGACAGGCUUCGAGAAGGCCUUCACUCUCCUCAACCACCUGAUAACUCACUCUGAAGGGAGACAUUUCACUUGCCCAACAGGCAAGAAUGACCCCAAGGAGAACUUGAUCCACAUUAGUCACCGAAAAACUCGCCAUGGACCAACAGCCCACGUGUGUCUUGAAUGUGGGAAGACCUUCAGUAACCGCUGUAAACUGAUGUUACACUUCAGGGUGCACACAGGCAUAAAACCUUUCAGGUGCAGCAAGUGUGGGAAAACCUUCAGCCGCAAAGAUGCACUUGCUGUGCACCAGAGGAUUCACACCGGAGAAAGGCCUUACAAAUGCGACAUAUGUGGGAAAGCCUUCAGCGUUGUGUCUAGCCUCAUUCAGCACCAGAAAGUUCACACUGGAGAAAGGCCCUAUGAGUGCAGGGAGUGUGGGAACUGCUUUAGAGAUAAGAGGAGCUUCAUUCGUCACCAAAGAGUACACACUGGAGAAAGGCUUUUCGAGUGCAAGCAGUGUGAAAAAACCUAUCUGACCCGUUCUGGUCUGUAUGCACACUUGAAAGGGCAUACUGGUGAACGGCCCUAUGAGUGCAGCCUGUGUGGAAAAACGUUCACCAGCAGCUCUUCCCACAAUCGACACCAGAAGAUUCACACAGACAAGAGAUCCCACGGAUGCACAGAAUGUGGGAAAGCCUUCAAACAUCGUUCUAACCUCAUUCAGCACAAGAAAGUCCAUACUAGAGAAAAGCCUUAGGUAGUCAGGGCAUGUGAGAAAAGUCUUUAACCACUAGCAGCUUGUAGGGCACAGGUGUCUGAUUCGAGAAAAGAGAUAAAGGAGAUCUUCAGGCAUUUCUUACUCUUCGUCGAUAGUGUUGAUCCUACAAUGGUGCUUGCCAUGCCUGGACUUUUGCAUUGUUCCAGAAUAGGUAGUAAUAAAGACCUUGUUGUUUAA